AUUCAGGUGAAGGGUCUGGAGUAUGAAUCUGGUGAGGAGCAGCUGAGGGACCUGGGGCCAUUUCGCCUGGAGAAAAGAUGUCAAAGAUGGGUAGAGAACUGUCGAAGGGCAGAUUUAGAAGAUAAAACUCCAGAUCAACUCAACAAGCAUUACAGAUUGUGUGCGAAGCAUUUUGAGACUUCUAUGAUAUGUAGAAGUAGCCCUUACAGAACAGUUUUACGGGACAAUGCUGUGCCAACUAUAUUUGACCUCACAAGUCACCUGAACAAUCCUCACAGCAGACACAGGAAAAGGAUAAAAGAGCUGAGUGAAGAUGAAAUAAGAAUGCUGAAGCAACAAAAGAUUGAUGAAGCUUUUGAGCGGGAGCAGGCAACUCAAGAAUUGAAGGAAAACAAUGAACAAAAUGCCGUCUUGGAGGGAGGAGGGGAAGAACAAGAGGAAAAAGCUGUUCCCUUAACACUGGAGGAAAGAGAAAACAAAGAUUACCUGAAGUCCUUGUUUGAGAUUUUGAUCCUGAUGGGUAGACAGAAUAUUCCUUUGGAUUGCCACAGUGUUGAUGAGCUUCCAGAAGGUAUUUUUACUUCAGAUAACUUUCAGACUCUACUGGAAUAUAGAAUAAAUGCUGGAGAUGAAAUUCUGAGGAAACGGUUUGAGAUGACUGCAGUCAAUCUUGAGUAUUGUUCGAAAACUCAGCAGAAGCAAAUGCUUGAGAUCUGUGAGAACUGCGUCAGAGAGGAGACACUGAGGGAAGUGAGAGACUCACACUUCUUUUCCAUCGUCACCGAUGAAGUAGUAGACAUAGCAGGAGAGGAACAUUUGCCGGUGUUGGUGAGAUUUGUUGAUGAUUCUCAUAACCUCAGAGAAGAAUUCAUUGGUUUUUUACCGUAUGAGGCUGAUCCUGAAAUUUUAGCCGUUAAGUUCCUCACAACUAUCACUGAAAAGUGGGGUCUAAACAUGGAGUACUGUCGAGGCCAAGCCUACAUCGUCUCCAGCGGGUUUGCUUCUAAAAUGAAAGUGGUGGCUACAAGACUGUUGGAAAAGUAUCCACAAGCUGUAUAUACGCUGUGUUCCUCCUGUGCCUUAAACCUUUGGCUGGCAAAAUCCGUUCCUGUUGUAGGUGUUUCCAUCGCGCUGGGAACAAUCGAAGAAGUUUGCUGCCUUUUUAAUCAGUCCCCACAAUUACUUGUAGAACUGGACAACACGAUUUCUGACCUUUUUCAGAACAAUAAGGUGAAGGCUAACGAGCUGAAGGAGAUCUGCCGUUCUCACUGGACAGGCAGGCACGAUACCUUUGAGGUUUUGGUGGACCUCAUGCAAGCGCUGGUGCUGUGCUUGGAUGCAGUAAGCAGCGACUCCUCUGUCAGGUGGAACAACUUCAUUGUCAGUCGAGCGUUCGUACUUUCGAGUGCGUUAACAGAUUUUGACUUCAUUGUGACUGUGGUAAUUCUGAAAAAUGUCCUGGCUUUCACGAGAGCGUUCGGGAAGAAUCUCCAAGGGCAGACGUCGGAUGUGUUCUUUGCAGCUAGCAGCUUAACAGCGGUGUUACAUUCUCUGAAUGAAGUGUUGGAGAAUAUUGAGGUUUACCAUGAAUUUUGGUUUGAGGAAGCGACAAAUUUGGCUACAAAACUGGACGUGCAGAUUAAACUCCCAGGAAAAUUUCGCAGGGCACAACACGGGAACUUGGACUCUGAGGUAACGUCAGAAAACUACUACAAAGACAUCCUUAGCAUCCCCACACUGGAGCAUAUUAUUCAAGAAUUAAAAGAUAUAUUCUCAGAAAAACAUCUAAAAGCUCUGAAGUGUUUAUCAUUAGUGCCCUCAGUCAUGGGGCAGCUCAAAUUCAAUACAUCCGAGGAGCAUCACGCUGACAUGUACAAAAAUGACUUGCCCAAUCCAGACACGCUUUCUGCUGAGCUUCAUUGUUGGAGAAUCAAGUGGAAACACAGAGGAAAAGAUAUUGAGCUUCCAGCAACGAUUUAUGAAGCACUUCACUUGCCUGACAUCAAAUAUUUCCCUAACGUUUACGCAUUGCUGAAAGUCUUGUGCAUCCUUCCAGUGAUGAAGGUGGAGAAUGAAAAGUAUGAAGUGGGACGGAGGCGCUUAAAGGCGUACCUGAAAAACACCCUGACGGCGCAAAGGUCAAGCAACCUAGCGUUGCUGAACAUAAACUUUGAUAUCAAACAUGACUUAGAUUUAAUGGUGGACACCUACAUCAAACUCUAUCCAGAGAAAGUGGAAUUUCAAGACUUUAUUACCUCCAACAACUCUGAAGUGACAGGAAAUGCUUGA